GGUACGCGGUCAGCCUUUGUGAUGUUACAGAUGGGAGAAUCAUGUCAUUUACACAGUGUUGACCUCAAACAGAGCUACAAAUUACAUCUACAGAUCCAGGAUUACCAGAGUAUAGACUGGACAGGGGUGUAUGAAAUCACACAGACCCUGGAAGAGUUCAAGGCCGUCUCCAUGGCACCCUAUGACUUUGGUAACGAGGGAAACAACAAUAAGUAUUUGACCUUGACUGUUCAUGCCACCCAGCAGUCUAUGGUUGACCUCUAUGUAUACAGUCCCUACUGGUUGGUCAAUAAAACAGAUCUGGUUAUUCAGGUCAAGGGUUCAAAAUCAGAUGCUGUGUUUGAUUGUCCAUCAAAUGUUUCUUCACCUGUUUUAUUCCGAUUCAAGAAGAAUAGACCAAAGAAGGUAAGAUUGCUAUAA